AUGGAAAUGGUGUGGCUGUACGUGGUGCUGAUCCCUGUGCAGCACGUCCUUGCCGUGACCUGGCUGUACCUGGCCAAGCAGCCUUCUCUGCGGGCAGUCCUCUGGGACCCCGCUGGCUGCAAGGGUCUGAUGGGGCUGGUAGAAGAGCAGGUCCGCGUUUGCCAGCGGCAGGUGGAAGCCAUGGAUGCAGUGAAGCGAGGCGCAGAGCUGGCUGUCGAGGAAUGCCAGCACCAGUUUCACUCUCGCCGGUGGAACUGCUCCACCCUGCAGGGGCUGCAGGUCUUCGGCAAGGUCACCAUCCAAGGCACGCGGGAGUCUGCUUUCAUCCACGCCAUCUCUGCUGCCGGUGUUGCCUUUGCUGUGACUCGUGCCUGCAGCCGUGGGGAGCUGGAGAAGUGUGGCUGUGACCGUAAGAUCCGAGGAGUCAGCCCCGAAGGUUUCCAAUGGUCAGGCUGCUCUGAUAACCUGUCUUACGGGAUUGCCUUUUCUCAAGCCUUCGUAGACAACCCUGAGAGGAGCCGCGGCAUCUCCUCCAGCCGAGCGCUCAUGAACCUGCACAACAAUGAGGCUGGGAGGAAG